CAGGCUCCUUCCUGUGCGGAAGGUCAGUGAUCUGUCUACACGCAGCAGAGGGGAGGGGGGGGCUGUACCCCCUUGGCAGGAUCGCCACCAUUACACACAACAGCGCCAGCCCGGGCUCAGAGCCACCCCCGCCCUGUCAGAGGCGGCAGCGACAGCAGCAGCGAGAAGCAGGGGCUCGUCUGCAGCCGGGCUCGCGUGCACAGCCUGCCCCCUCCCCCCAGCGCGGCUUGUCCCAUCUGGACACGCGGGACGGGCUGAGCCUCGCGGCCCAGGCCCGCGCUUGGCAGCUUGUCUCCGCCAGGCCGGCGGGAGGGCUCGCGCCACGCUCCGACGAUAUUGAUUGGAGAUCAUGGCUUUCAGAAAUGUGAACAGAAGACGUCACAUUGGACUUCAACAGCUUUCAUCUUUAGCAUCAAUAGGAAGAACACUUUUAGGACCAGUAAAAUCAUAUAAAUUUAUUGUAGAUGUAAGCACUAGUGAGAGUGCUUUGACUUGCUCUGCAGUUAGACUUCUUGAAAGUUUGGAUUUAACUAGUGCAGUGGGACAGCUUCUUAAUGAAACAAUUCAGGCACAGAACAAAGAAUAUAAAACUGGGAUGACUACCCUCUUAUUUCUUGUUGGUGCAUGGAGCAAUGCUGUACUUGAAUGCCUUCAGCAAAAUGUUCCUCUAUCACUAGUAGUAUCUGUGAUGUCUGAAGGAUUGAACUCUUGCAGUGAAAAAGUCAAGUGUCUUCAGCUAUCAGUACAUGAUUUAUAUAAAGGGCCCAAAUCUGUUCCCAUUCACUUCAGUUCUAGGAGUCUGGGGUCCCAAAUUACUGAAAAUAAAGUUCCUAAUACUGGCUCUAACAGUUUUUUAAAUCCUCUUGGGAAUAUUAUUAAAGAUAUUCCUGUAUCUAAAGAAGAAUGUUUUCCAGAAAGUCUUCAUUCUCAUCAAGCAAGCCCUUGUGAUCCUCAUGACAGAUGUUUGAAUUCACAUCUAUGCAUUUCAGACAAUAUUACACCCUCAUUGGUUGAACCAGUGGGCAAUAAAACUAUGCCUGCAGUUCUUGGAAGCAGUUUGAUUGCAUCCAACUUUAACAAAAGAACAAAAUUAACUCAUAGUAGAUAUUUUAACACUCCAGAAAAAAGCCAUUGUCCACUCCAAACAGACAAUUUUGGAAGUGCUCCCAUUAGGCCUGGAGCAUGUCCUUAUGAAUUUAAUGAUUUUGGACAAUUGGCUAUGGCUCUUAGCCAUGGGAAUCAGUCUAGUAUGAAAUUGGUACAGGAUAUUUUCAGAUGCCAGCAACAAAUAGCUGAACGCAAAGGUUCUUCUCAAUUUAAUAUUGCAGAAGUUGUGACAUGCUGUUUACCAGGACUGUCUGAAAAUUAUUCUUGUGUGUGCCCAGGUUAUAUCACUUUAGUAUCACCAGAAAAAGCCACUGUUACCAAGCAACUUCGGGAUAGACCUCUUCAGAUUCUUCUCAUAGAUGGUGAUCUAAGGGAAAAAUAUCGUCACUUGGGAUUUAAUAGGCCAUCAAAUGUCAGCACAAUAUCAGAAAGUGUAGCUUUACAAGAAAGUAGCUCAGAAAGUAUAUGGAUAAAUUGUGCAUUAGAUAUUUUAAUACAAUCAAAAGUAAAUUUAAUUUUAGUAAAAGGAAAUGUGUGUGAAAAUUUAAUGGAAAGAUGCAUCUUGAAUAAUAUAUUGAUAAUCAAUCCAGUAACUGACACUGUGCUUCAUGCUUUUGAGAAGGGCAUAGGAGUGCAGUUGGUGACAUACCUAUCCCAAGUAAAUAGUCAUUAUGUGGGAAGUGGUGUGUGGGUGGACUUCUGGAAAACAUUGGAAUUAGAUAACAAAGUGCCAGUCAGUAUAAAAGCUGAAGGAAUACAUCUGGUAACAGCUGUGCUUUGUAGCACAGUAACUUCAAAGAUGCAAGUUACUGAAGAUCAGUUCUGGACUUGUGCUUAUCGCCUCUACCAUGCUCUCACUGAUCAGAAAGUUUUUCCUGGAGGUGGUGCUGUUGAACUGUUGUGCCUCAGUCAUCUUCAGAAGCUUGAAGAACAAUCUUUAAAGCAAGCCGAUAAAUACCCUUCUGGAGAAUUACACAUGUCAUCUUGCUGGUUGACAAAAUCUUUGACACAGUAUAAAUCAGUUGUGCUUAAAGCUCUGGCAAGUGGUUGGCAUCAGUAUCUUUCAAGAGUCAUGUAUAACACUGCUAGUUAUGAAUCAGAGUUUGAAGCAAGCACUUUCAUAGACCAUCAUCUCAAAAAAGCUACAGACUGUAGUUCUCCUUCAUCAUAUAUUCUGAAAGAGUUUAAUAAAGGAAUUAAGGUCAUGGAUGAUGUUGAUCUUUCAAUUAAACAGGAGGAGGCUCUAAAGAUAUAUGACAAUGUUACAUCCAAGGUGGAGGCAUGGCGCAGAGCUCUCGACUUGGUGCUAUUAGUGCUUCAAACAGAUGCUGAAAUUAUUACAGGUCCCAAGAGAAAUCAGUUAUUAAAUUCACAUACAUCCAGUGAGUUCACAUUUGUAUAGGACUUGAUAGGCUUUAUUUGCGACUCUACCUCAGUGGGUGGAAAACAUGCAGGUACACUGGAAUGUUUGUUGCAGCUAUAAAGCAAACUUCAGGGGCUUUGGCAAUGAUAUUUACAAAUAAAAUUCAACAUAUGGCUGUAGAAACACUGAGGCAGUCCUAGCUUUUAAUUUCUUAGAAAUGGAGUUUGCAUCUGGUUAUCCACCCUAUCUUUUCUCUGACAAGAUCAAACUGAUGCAUGAGGGAAGUAUGAAGCUGCUAGGUGGAGUGGGUUACUAAUGGAAAUGAGCUCACUGUCUCACUAUAACAAUGCUGCCUGUUUAUUCCCAUGCGUUCUCCAUUAACCCCCUCUCUCCCUAUUUCUUAACCUGUGUUGCACAGGGUGCUGAACCCUCCCUCCUGUUGCAGGGAGGCAAAGCCUGCAAGCGGCAGAACCAGAGAGGGAGGGAGAGGCAGGCAGCUGUUUCAAGAAGUUCUAAUCAAUUACACUGCCCUGGCAACAGGCUCGCAAUCUACCUUUCCUCUCUACUGCGGGGACGGGUAGAUCCGCAGGUGACAGGCUGCUGAAACUCACAAGAGAUCAUCUCCCCUCCCUUGUGAGUUUCAGCAGCAGCCUGUCACCUAUGGAUCUACCCGUUCCCACCGCCCACUCCCCCGGGUUGCAGUUGGUGCCGGACCAUCAGAUGUACCGGACCACUGAAUGCCGGACCAUCGGAGUUUUACUGUAUUUAGAAAGUGUGCUCAGAGGUCCUCCUAGAAGCAAUAGCAGUCAGGGAGGUAUCUGUAGACAGAGUAGAUAUGUUAAAAGUGGAAUCACAAGUGUUACUAGUUAAGAUUGAGGUGCACUGGAAAAAGUUUACUGAGAAAGCUUGAACUGUGCCUUGCUCAAGCCAUUGCCAUUACCUUCCUUUUUCUAUUUGUUAAAAUUAACUUAAUUUGUAGGAAAAGGAAGACAAAUUGUGUCUCUUGUGAGAAGGGAGAGUAGUUUUCAUAUGAUAAAAUUACCUCUCCAAAAGUUUGUAUUUCCAACCUUUAUUAAACACAAACCUGCUGAAGGCCUAUAUUGCAGUCUUGGGCAUGACAAUUUAUAUCUGGGAGACUCUGUCCAAAUCUUAAAAGGUAGUAUUAGACCUUUAUAAAGUGCUUAGCGAUCUAUGGAUGAAAUAUGCUAUUGAAGAGGUAGGUAGGUAUUUUAGAAUUACAUUGAAUAUGAUAUGGCAAAAGAUAAAUGUGUACUUAGAUUUACACAACCUUUAUACCUCCUUUUCAUUUUUGUACCAAUUAUUUUGUGAAAAGUACAUUACCAAUAAUUCAUAAUCAGUGUAAUAUAACUUUAAAAUAUCUAUAUUGUGAACAUGUACUAACAGUGUAAUGUGUAUUGGCAAACUGCAUAAAGCUGUGUUUUUUAUGGGGCGGGGGUUAUGCUAAAAGAAGACAGGAAUGUAGGAAUCAUUCAUCCAUUUAAAAUUUAUAUAAAAUGGGAAUGUAGAUAUGCCUUUCACUAUAAAGUCAAUUUGUAUUACAUACCACAGAUACAAGUGUAGUACUACUCAUGGGUAUCAUCUACUGCAGGCUAGAGUACUAGAUUUGGUACCGUUUCCAGGAAGAGACCAUAAUCUUGUUUAUAAAUAGGGCAUAUGUUUCUUAUUGUAAAAAAUAUAUAUACUACACAGGCUGUCAAAUCUUGGGAAAAAAAAGUACUUGAUAUACCUGUUUGGACAAUAGUUCCCCCUGUAAAUAAAAUAUAAUUAAAAUCUUUCUGUUUUC